AUGAACAUCGCCACGGACGAAUUCGGAAACCCUUUCAUCAUCCUGCGGGAGCAGGAGGAGAAGAAGCGGCUGAAGGGGCUCGAGGCCCACAAGGCGAGGGCAAACAUAAUUGCUGCGAAGGCCGUGGCGGACUCCCUGCGCUCUUCGCUUGGCCCUAAAGGAAUGGACAAAAUAAUUGUGGGGCCCGACGGGGAGAUAACAGUGACGAACGACGGGGCCACUAUUUUGGAAAAGAUGCAGGUGAAGCACCAGUGCGCCAAGCUGCUAGUGGACCUCUCGCGAGCUCAAGAUGCAGAAAUUGGAGACGGCACGACGGGCAUCGUUAUCUUGGCCGGGAACUUGCUGUCGGAGGCUUUGCGGCUGAUGGAGAAGGGCAUGCAUCCGCUGCGGAUUGCGGAGGGCUUCGAAGCUGCUGCGCAAAUCGCAGUCGAAACCCUCGAGAAGAUUGCCCUCGAAAAGGACCUCCUUGGACGCGACAAACACAUCUUGCUGCAGGCAGCAAGGACGGCGUUGGGGUCGAAAGUGGUGAGCAGCUGCAAAGAGCACCUGGCCGAGCUUUGUGUGGAGGCAGUGAUUGCCGUCGCGGACAAAGAGCGAAAAGACGUCAACCUCGACAUGAUCCGGCUGGACGCCCGCGGCGGCGGGCUGCUGGAACAGUCCCGCGCAGUCCGCGGCGUCGUGCUCCACAAAGAGCUCAGCCACCCGCAGAUGCGCCGCGAGACGCCGCGCGCGCGUCUGCUGCUGACGACGAGUCCCUUCGAGCCGCCGAAGUUGAAGGCGAAGCACCGGCUGGACGUGCGCGGCGCGGCGGCGUUUCGCGGGCUGCACGCCGCGGAGCAGCGCUACUUCGCGGACAUGGUGCAGCGCGUGCGCGCCGCCGGCGCCAACUUC